CCCCCCUUCCCCGCGAUAUCCGGGGACCUUCGACUGCGUUUCGGGAUCGGUGGAGACGAGGUCAGGGCCGCCCCCCUCUGCCGCGUGCACCGCACGGGGAAACCAGUCGGGGGAUCCGAGGGAUCACGAGGAGCCCGUGAAGGUGUGUAGCCCCGCCCCCUGGCCCGUGGCCAUGCGGGGCCCGGACACCUCGGCGCUCGUGCGCGCAGUUCUGAUCACGUGCCUCAUACCAGGAUCGUUCCAGGGGGAGCACCAGCGCCGCCUCUACCGCGAGCUCCUGGGUCGCGCCUCGCCCCUGGAGCGCCCCGUGCAGAACGACUCCCACGCGCUAAGGGUGGACUUCAUGCUCAGCCUCAUGCAAGUGAUGGACGUGGAUGAGAAGAACCAAGUGCUCACCACGAACGUGUGGCUCCAGAUGAACUGGGUGGAUUACUAUCUGCAGUGGAACGCCUCGCGCACUCCGGGCGUCACCAAACUCCGCUUCAAACCCGAGCAGGUGUGGACCCCGGACAUCCUGCUCUACAACAGUGCAGAUGAGAGGUUCGAUGCCACAUUUCACACGAGCGUCCUGGUCAACCACACGGGCGGGUGCCAAUACAUACCCCCAGGCAUCCUGAAGAGCUCCUGCAAGAUCGACGUGCGGUGGUUCCCCUUCGACGUGCAGAGCUGCGACCUCAAGUUCGGCUCGUGGACGCACGACGGCUGGCUCAUCGACCUGCACCUGCUGCACGCCGACACCUCGGGGUACCUGCCCAACGGGGAGUGGGAUCUCAUCGGCGUGGUGGGCAAGCGGAACGAGCUCUUCUACGAGUGCUGCCAGGAGCCGUACACGGACGUGACGUACACGCUGCUGCUGCGGCGCCGCACCCUCUACUAUGCGCUCAACUUGCUGCUGCCCUGCAUGCUGAUCUCCGCACUUGCGCUGCUCGUCUUCCUGCUGCCCGCAGAGUCUGGAGAGAAGAUCUCCCUUGGCAUCACGGUGCUGCUAUCCCUAACCGUGUUUAUGCUGCUCGUGGCCGAGAUCAUGCCGGCCACAUCGGACUCUGUGCCGCUCAUCGGACAAUACUUUGCCAGCACGCUGGUGAUCGUGGGCUUCUCGGUGGUGGUGACCGUGCUGGUGCUGCAGUGCCACCACCACGACCCUGAUGGCACCAGAAUGCCCACCUGGGUGCGGGUGUUGCUGGUGCACUGGUGUGCCUGGUUGUUGCGGAUGAAACAGCCGGUGAAAGAUGCGAGGUCAGGCGGUCCCUAUGGCAGCCCGGCGCCGUGGAAACCACCAUGCCUGAGCGAGCACCCGGGGACCGGGGCCGACAGGGGCCAGGGAGUCUCCGCGCAGUUCCGUGGCCGGAGCGUGGAGGAGCCGAUGCAUGAAUACUUCCACCUUCAGCAGGGGGCCUACCUCCACCAGGGGGCCUACCUCCACCAGGGGUCCCAGCUCCACCAGGGGCCCCAGGCAUGCAAUCCCGUCGCACAGCAGCAGCAGCAGCACCUCCUCCAGGGGGACAGCUGCUGCCCUGGCUGCCCCAACAUAGCAGGGGCAGCAGGAGGAGAAGGAGGAGCAGCCCGGCAGGAGUCCCCCUCGCAGAGCUGCGAGCUGGCUGGGCUGCUGGCGGAGGUGCACUACCUGGCGGAGCGAAUGCGGGCAGCAGAUGCGGGCGCCCGGCUCGGGGGGGAGUGGCGCUUCGCGGCGGCAGUGAUUGACCGCCUGUGCCUCAUCGCGUUCUCCAUUGUCACCAUCUCCUCCACGGCCGCAAUCCUCGUGUCCGCGCCCAGCUUCAUGCAGGCCAUCACCAAGGACUUCGGGUGACGGGGAUCACGGAGGAGGGGGGGGGGCAGAGGCGUAGCUAGGGGGGGCAGGGGGGUACAUAUGUCCCCGGGCGCCAAGGUAAAGGGGCGCCAAAAUGAGGCUUACAACGUUACAUUAUAACUUAUUGCGGCGGGCGCGGCAGCCUGAAACUACUGCACAAAUUUACACCUCAAUCUAAAAGUUUAUAUAUCCCGCCACACACAGCCUACAUGUCAUGUAAUUACAUUUAGGUAUGUGAUUAAACGGGGGGGGGGGCGCCAAUUUUAUAGUUCGUCCCCGGGCGCAAAAUAUCCUAGCUACGCCACUGGGGGGGGGGGGGGGGGGGUAGGAGAAGGGGGGUGGAGGAGGAGGAAGAAGGAGAAGGGGGGUAGAGGAGGAGGGGUAGAGUACCCCCAAUAAUAAUCAUCGUCGUCAUCAUAAUUAUCAGGAGCAGUGUCAUCGUCACACUAAACGCUCAGGUCUGACGGUGGCCACGGGGGCCGAAUUGGUGCGAGGGUGCCCACCUGAUCUGGCGUGAACCUGGGUGAGUGGUUGAUGGGUUGCGUGGCUGUGAGAAUGGAGGUGAAUUCUAGCGGCUGCGCUGACCUCUCCCGCGCUGUGGGGGAGGUGGUGACCCUAGCAGAGGGAGAAUGACGGCCUCCCACGAAAAUAUUCACAAUCAUCGUCGCCAUCGCUAUGUCCACCUGUAUUCACACCUCACUUGUCCCGCUUGCUUGCCUGCAGGCAGGUGGUUUAAUUUUGGCGAGCCGGAAUAUAUAAAUAUAUGUGUGUAUGUGCUCGGCACACCAUGUCCAGUAUACUUUGUUAGGCUACGGCUGUGGCUGCUGCGAGUCGUGGGCAACCUCCCGCUGAUUUCACCGAGAGUCAGAAAAUAUUGAGUGAAACAUGUAUUCGCUCACCUGCACUCACCUGCAUGUACUCGCCUGUAUGUGCUCACACACUUAUACUAACAUGUAUGUAGUCACACACUUCAACUCCCGUGUGUGUACUCACACACAUGUGCUCACCUGUAUGUAUUUACACACGUGUGCUCACCUGUAUGUAGUUACACACGUGUACUCGCCUGUAUAUAAGGUACUCAACCACCUGUAUUUAUUCACACACAUGUACUGCCCUGUAUGUACUCACACACUUGUACUCCCCUAUACCCACUUACCCGCAAUCACCUCUACUCGCUGACCCGCACUCACGUAUACUCACCUGUAUUCACCUAUACUCACUCACCUGUAUACACUCACCUGCUUUCAUCUGUAUCAGGAUCAAUAAAGACCCUGAAUUGAA